UAUCUUCGAUUUUGUUAGAUCAUUACUGAUUUUGAAUCAAGAAGUUAAGAGAAACACAAAUCCAUCAAAUGGAAGAAGACAAAACCGCCACCGCCAUGAAAAGGGUCUAUCUGAUAAUCAACUGCAUCAUCCUCUCCGUCGGCAGCUGCGGCGGCCCUCUCCUAAUGCGCCUCUACUUCCUCCGCGGCGGCAAGCGCAUCUGGUUCUCCAGCUGGCUCCAGACCGGCGGCUGGCCCGUCACCCUCAUCCCCCUCCUCGCGUCCUACACGCGCCGCCGCAGAGCCGGCGAUCGCGCCCUCGUCGUCAUGCGGCCGCGCGUGUUCCUCGCGGCGGCGGCGCUCGGGGCGACGACGGGGCUGGACGACUACAUGUACGCGCACGGCGUGGCGAGGCUGCCCGUGUCGACGUCGUCGCUGAUCCUCGCCACGCAGCUGGCGUUCACGGCGGCGUUCGCGUUCGUGCUGGUGAGGCAGCGCUUCACGGCCUUCUCGGUGAACGCGGUGGUGCUGCUGACGCUGGGGGCGGUGGUGCUCGGGCUCCACACGGACGGGGACCGGCCGGAGGGGGAGUCGAAGAGGGAGUAUCUGAUUGGGUUUUUUCUGACGCUGAUUGCGGCGGCGCUGUUCGGACUGAUUCUGCCGGCGAUUGAGCUGAUUUACAAGCGGGCGAUGCAGCCGCUGACGUUCACCCUCGCGUUGGAGAUUCAGUUGGUUUUGUGUUUCUUUGCCACUGCGUUUUGUACCAUCGGAAUGAUCGUCAACAACGAUUUCCAGGCAAUCCCAAGAGAAGCGAAAGAAUACGAACUAGGGGAGACAAGAUACUACGUUGUUGUGUUAUGCAGCGCAAUAGUUUUGCAAUGUGCUUUCUUGGGUGCAAUAGGAGUCAUCUAUUACUCAUCCUCACUUUUAUCAGGCAUCGUCAUCUCAAUUAUGCUUCCCGUUACUGAAUUAUUGGCUGUCAUUUUCUUUCACGAGAGAUUCCAAGCUGAAAAGGGUAUCUCUCUCUUUCUCUCGAUUUGGGGCUUUAUCUCCUAUUUCUAUGGUGAUUUCAAACACAAUAAAGACACGAACACAAACAAAGAUGAUGUCGACACCGUUAAUCAAAAUGGGCUGAUUGCAGAAACAGAAAUGGCGGAUCAAACUUCUAUACCUUGAUCAAUGUUUUUCUUGAUCAUUAUACAAUAGUAUUAUGUAUGUAUAUGGUUUUGCCUCCCCUUUUUUUGUUACAAUUAUUUUUCUCUUUUCUUGUACAUGCUAUAGUACGGCUAUAUAUCAAUGGAAUGAAGGUCUCAUAUUUAUAUA